GAGGGUGGAAAGAACAAUCCGAUCAACACCUCUACAUUCAUAUUAGAUUUUGAUAUGGACAUAUCGGAAUCCUCGGGUUACAAAGAUUUUAUAUGGGCAAUUGAACUAAACCGUUGGAGCUUAGAAUUGAUCGGCUUGUGGCCUAAUACUGAUGGAAUCGUUAAAAGAAAACUCGGUCCUGACAUUCGUGCAGGUUUCAUUUUUAUUAUGAUACUAUUCAUUUCUGGCAUCCCUCUUGUUUGUGCACUUACGCGAGUGUGGGGCAAUAUGGCAUUAAUGAUAGACAAUUUACGAAUUACAUUACCUAUUCUGACGGUUUUAUUAAAACUUGUUAUCAUGCGAUGGAAACAAUCAGUUCUCUUAUGCAUCAUAGACAUGAUAGCAGAGGAUUGGUUAGCGCUAAAACUAAGCGUUGAAAGAAAUGUAAUGCUAAAGUACGCUCGGAGGGCUCGAUUAAUUAUGAUAUGUGGUUUUAUUAUAUUAAUAUCGUUAUUUAUUUUGGUCGUUAUUCUUCCUUACUUCGGUCUACCAUUCAGACAUUUAACGAAUCUCACGGAUCGGAGCAAGCCAUUACCGCUGCAAAGUUAUUAUUUUUAUGACACUGAUAAGAGUCCGCAAUUUGAAUUGACAUUCUUCGCUCAAGCUGUAACAAUAUUUCUAGUAAUAAUAAUUUACAUAGCGGUAAAUGCUUUUGUUGGAUGCGUGAUCCUUCACAUCUGCGGUCAACUGGAAAACUUUAAAGGCCGCUUAAACAAUUUGAUCUCGUGCAAAAAUUUCAACAGAAUUUUGAGUAACAGCAUAGUAAUUCAUUUACGUCUUAUCAGAUUUGCCAAUAAUACCGAAAAUGCAUUUACAUUAAUGUUGUUUGUAUUGAUAUUUCAAUUUGGUAUCGGAUUUUGUUUAUGUGGAUUCAUAUUGCUUAGUGUAAUGACUGACGAAAACUUAAACGUUGCAAAUUUCACAUUAAUAAGUUACAUGAUAGUUGCCGUCGUCUCUCUAUUUAUGCAAACAUUUCUCUACUGCUUUGGCGGAGAUUUAAUAACCGAACAAUGUGACGCGGUAUACCGUACUAUUUGCGAUCUUGAGUGGUAUACAUUGGAGUCGCGCAAGGCGAGAAAUCUUAUUCUAUUAAUGUUACUAGCCAAGGAACCCUUUCGUAUUACUGCGGGAAAAAUUCUCCCGUUAACGAUGACCACAUUUUGCAGCCUAUUAAGAACUUCGGCUGGCUAUAUAUCUUUACUUCUAGCAAAGCGGAAUUAA